UGCAGGCAGACAGGCGGGGGCAGUCGCUGACUCAAAGCUGACGGCGGAGUUUCCUCCAGGCAGCCCGAGCCCUCCGCCUCAUGAUUCAUCCCCCAAGCGGCUCAAAAGCUCCGGCAGCCCCAGCCCCGGGCUCCAGCCCUCGCCGCCUCCCCACCGCUGCGGUCCAGACGCGGAGAAGAUGCGGGGGCCCCGCCUGGCUCUGCGGACCCUCGUGCUCGCGCUGUGCGCGGCGGGACUCCAGGGUAACAUCUGUACCACUCGCGGGGUGAAUUCCUGCCAGCAGUGUCUGGCCGUGAGCCCGUUGUGUGCAUGGUGCUUCCAGGAGGACUUGGCGCUGGGAACCCCUCGCUGCGACCUGAAAAAGAACCUUCUCCAAAAUGGGUGCAUGCAGGAUUUCAUGGAGUACCCGGUCAGCAGCACGGAAAUCCUAGAGGACAAGCCACUCAGUGACACCGGCUCUGGACAGACCGUCACUACCCAGAUGAGCCCUCAGAAAAUUGAACUGCACCUGCGGCCAGAUGACUCCCAGAUCUUCUCCGUCCAAGUGCGCCAGGUGGAGGACUACCCGGUCGACAUCUACUACCUGAUGGACCUGUCCAAUUCCAUGAAGGACGAUCUCGCCAAUAUCCAGAGCUUGGGCACCAAGCUAGCCACUGAGAUGCACCAGCUGACCAGCAAUCUGCGGAUCGGCUUCGGGGCCUUUGUGGACAAACCCAUCUCGCCAUACAUGUUCAUCUCCCCGCAAGAAGCCAUCGACAACCCGUGCUAUGACAUCGGCCAAACUUGCUUGCCCAUGUUCGGCUACAAACACGUCCUGGCGCUCACGGACGAGGUGACCCGCUUCAACGAGGAGGUGCGCAAGCAGAGUGUCUCGCGGAACCGCGACGCACCCGAAGGGGGGUUCGAUGCCAUCAUCCAAGCGACCGUCUGUGACGAGCAGAUCGGCUGGAGGAACGAUGCUAGUCACCUGCUGGUCUUCACGACAGACGGCAAGACCCACCUCGCUCUGGACGGGAGGCUGGCUGGGAUCGUACAGCCGAACGACGGACAGUGCCACAUUGACGAGGAUAAUCUCUACUCGGCCUCCACCACGCUGGACUAUCCCUCGCUGGGCCUGAUGACUGAGAAACUCUCCCAGAAAAACAUCAACUUGAUCUUUGCCGUGACGCAGAGCGUGGUUGGCCUCUAUAAGAACUACAGCGAGCUGAUUCCCGGCACCACUGUGGGGAUCCUGUCCAGCGACUCCAGCAACAUCCUGCAACUCAUUCUGGAGUCCUAUGGGAAAAUCCGCUCCAAGGUGGAGCUGGAGGUUCGAGACCUGCCCGAGGAGCUGUCCCUCUCCUUCAACGCCACCUGCCUCAACAACGAGGUCAUUCAGGGACUCAAGUCCUGCGUGGGCCUCAAUAUAGGAGACACGGUGAGCUUCAGCAUCGAGGCCAAGGUGCGAGGCUGCCCCCAGCAGCAGCAGAAAUCCUUCACCAUCAAGCCGGUGGGUUUCAAGGACAGCCUGACGGUGCUGGUGAACUUCGAGUGCAACUGCACCUGCCAGGAGCACGCUCAGUCCAACAGCCCCGUCUGCCACCAAGGCAACGGCACCUUAGAGUGCGGCGUGUGCCGCUGCUCCCCGGGCCGGCUGGGCUCCCGCUGCGAGUGCUCCGAGGAGGAGUACAGCCCCGCGCAGCAGGACAACUGCAGCCCCGGCACGGGGCAGCCCCUGUGCAGCCAGCGGGGCGAGUGCCUCUGCGGCCAGUGCGUCUGCCACGCCAGUGACUUCGGCAAGGUGACCGGCAAGUACUGUGAGUGCGACGACUUCUCCUGCGUCCGCUUCAAGGGCGAGAUGUGCUCGGGCCACGGGCAGUGCAGCUGCGGGGACUGCCUGUGCGACUCGGACUGGACUGGGGACUAUUGCAACUGCACGACCCGCACCGACACCUGCAUGUCCGUCAACGGCCUGGUGUGCAGCGGGCACGGGCUCUGCCAGUGCGGGAAAUGCGAGUGCACCCAGGCUGGCGCCUAUGGGGACACCUGCGAGAAGUGCCCCACCUGCCCCGACGCCUGCACCAUCAAGAAGGAAUGUGUGGAGUGUAAGAAGUUCAAGAGGGGGACGCUGAUGGAGCAGCAAACCUGCAGCCGCACCUGCCGUGACGAGAUCAACUCGGUGCAGGAACUUGGUGACAGGGGUAAAGACGCGGUGAACUGCACCUACAAGAAUGAGAACGACUGCGUGGUGCGGUUUCAGUACUAUGAGGACUCCAGCGGGAAAUCCAUCCUUUAUGUCAUCGAGGAGCCAGACUGUCCCAAGGGGCCCGACAUCCUGAUGGUUCUGCUCCUGGUGGCGGGGGCCAUCCUGCUCAUCGGCCUGGUCGCCCUCCUCAUCUGGAAACUCCUGAUCACCGUCCACGACCGGCGGGAGUUCGCCAAGUUCGAGGAAGAGAGGGCGCGGGCUAAAUGGGACACGGCCAACAACCCCUUAUACAAAGGCGCCACCUCCACCUUCACUAACAUCACGUACCGCGGGAAUUCGUAAGGAGGCCCGCCUUCCCCGCCCCCGGCGCCGGCCCUGGGACCCGCUCCGGAGUGGGGACGGUUCCUGUUUACAGAAGAGCCGGCGUGAGCGCGUCCGUGUAAUUUAAUGACAAUCCCAAGGACCUGGUGUCCAUGUCACUCCACUGUAUCGCAGGGCUGGGCCUCUCCAGCCACGCCACGCCACUGUCCCGUCGCUACCUCGGCGUGCCCGGGGGUGGACCCGGCCUGCCCUUCUGCACACGGAAUAAGGAGAAGCCAGCCUCGCCAUGGCGGGCGUGCAGGCCAGCCUGCGGGGACUGGGAGCUCCGUUCGAGAUGGGACUGUUUGUGGCUGAGUCUGACGCAGGAUGGAUGAGAACAGCCCGACCUCAGCCCGUCUCCCUGCCUUUCUCCAGCCCGCAAGGAAACGCUCUGAACGGCCGCCGGGGUGGGCCCCGCUUGGCCAGGAGUCCCUGGCCCGGCUGCUUCCCAGGAAGAUAGAAACCACGUGACCCCCGAGAAAGCCCUGGCCAGGCCGGGUGCUGCUUCCUUGCCCCUCACCGCCCCCCGCAUUUGUACACAAAGCAGAUGAUUGUAGCAUGGGCUCUACCAGUGCCCCUGCUGGGCUGAGGCCCCUUUGACGCAAGGGAGCACAAGGGGGGGUGACACCAGCUCCCCCCAGACGUGCCCCACCCCAGCCUAGAUCUACCAGGAUUUCCAACCCACAGCAAGUAGCUGACACACCUGGUGUGUCAUACAGGGCCACUCAGGUUCCCCCCCCCCCCCCGUGCCUCGGUUUCCCCCUCUGUACCAUGAUGCUGAUGCGCCUUUGCAAUCCAGCGCUGGGACGUGCCAUCUAGUGGUCAUGCAAAGAAAUGAAUAAGGAGUGCUCCAGCCACUAGCGUGGGGCCAAAUUCCCUCCAGGUGUCACUGCAAGGAAGCGGAACACUGGGGAAUUGGCCUCUGGGACACAACCUCUUCUUUCUCUCCCUGGACCAGCAGCCAAAGAUUGGGGAGAGCUUCUUGCCACGAGGCUAGCGCAAGAGACGCGGGUUCUCCCCGCACGACCUUGACUGUGCCACGUCAAGCCCAGUUUCCCCCAUCUGCCAAAAAUGGGUCUCCUGGCCCGUACCUACCUCCCAGGUGGCUUGUAGGGCUUUGUAAGUGAAUGUUAAAGUGCUUUCAGAUCUUCAGCUGGAUGGUAUACCAGCCAAGAUACGUGAGAUUGUCACCCCCACCAGUGGUUUUGGGGGGCCAGGGAAGGGGGAACAUCGUCAGCUUUCCAGGCCCGAGCUGGGGCGCGAAUUCCCCUCCGUGCAGGACAGCGGCCAAGGCCUGGUUUUGGGCCAUGCCGGGAACCCCCCGCUGCCCGCGAGUUGUUGGCCGCUACUCUGCAGACCAAGCGGCGGCAGAGUCAGACACGCUACCCCAGCACUGCCCCCUCCUGCCAGGGCAGGGAGCUACCCCUCAGCUCUUCCGUCCUGAGCAGCUGCAAGCCAGGCCCCCAGAGCCUGCAGCACGGGGCAGGGAUGGCUGGCACCCAGGCAUAGCUCCGCUUUAGCUACUGUACGCUCCCUUUGGAGUCUAACCUACGUCAGCCCAGGCUAGUCACAAGGAGCCCCCCUGACCUCCCAGAGGCACCCGCAGGGGAAUGGGGGUGGGGCUCUGAUGCCAGCUGGCUGCCCCUUUGAGAACAAGGGUAAGAUCCCGAGGGCUGGGGAGAGGAGGGGAGUUCGGGUCUGUCUCCUACACGGCGCAAACUCCAGAACUGAUCACAAAUGAGCCCAGGGCCCAACUGAGAUUGGCCCAACCUCAGACUUUUCUACGGCACCAAAUAAAAAAGUUUUGCACUAA